UUUUUUUUUUUUUUUUUUCUUUUCCUUGUUCUAUUUUUUUUUCUUCUUCUUCAGCAGCAACAUCUAGGGUUAGGCUGACCUUAGCCUCCCUUCCUCUCUCUUCCCCCCCUCCCCCUCUUCCUCUCUUUCUCUUUUGCUACCCUCUUCACUUUCAAGUUCCACGUCCGGCCGUGCUCUUCACAGUUUCUGCUCCCAGAAGACAGCAGGGGUUGCCCCGAAAAGAAAAAUGGCCAUCCUCGACAAAGAAAAUCGCACUCGCGGCCUGCGAGUACCGUCCUUCGCCAUGAAAGGGUUCAAGCAGAAGUCCUCCGAUUCCCUGCCACAGAAAGGAGCCGAGCCUGUGCAGGCACCGGCGACGACGGUGACUCCGCCGCAAACGGACUCGGAGUCGCCUUCGCCGACUCCGCUGCCUUCCGCCGUACAACCGCGCCAUCCCCAGGAGGACUUCCUCCCACCCGCUCCAGCUGCCAAUUACACCCCUCCUCCGCGAGCAUAUCAGGCAUAUCGUCCUCCAGUGGCGGCAGUGCCGGUGCAAAGGACGCCUCCGUCGAGUGAGGAGGGUCCGGACCGGGUGAUACUACGCCCGGACGCAGAUGAGCCAUUGGAAGACUUCAUCCCGGAGCCCGAGCCGGAACUGGAUGGCACCGCCGCUCCCAUCGAACCCGUGUCCAGCGAGGAGAACAAUGGGCCAUGGACGCCUCCCGAGAUUGAGCCUGUCGCAGCACCGCUGAACAAGCUCCACUUUGCCUGCUACCAGGACCAUCGGUCCAUGCCCCCUGCCAACAAUGUCUGGCACACGCUUCCGUGCAUGACCUGCCAAAAGUUUGACCGCGAAGUCCGAUAUCGAUGUGUCUUCUGCUGCCUGCGCAUCUGCGCCAGCUGUUUCCAGACGCUGCAGACAUGCCCAAACCGCUCGUUGGCGCAGUUGAUGGAGACCAUCCCCGCGGCCAAAUUCUGAUGCUAUCCCGGCCUGGCUUGUCCGCACUCUUGCGCAUUCCUCUCUUCAUCUCUUUUCUACUUAAUGUCUGGCGCCUACAGAAGAAGGUUGCUACAUGCGCGCCACUUUUCCUUCUCGGUGCUUCCAACACCCGUGGCUCUUAUUUGUCCGACAGCCAUGCCCGGUGUACGUUUGAUGGGUCAUGGUGCUUUCACUGAUACCACUGGAAUUUCUUUGUUGCCACCUGUUUGU